AUGGAAGGUUUGAAAACGAAAUUCUCCAAGUUCAAGAGAUACUUGUCUGGUUCUCCAGUUGAGGGUGAGACCUACGAAGAGACACGUGUGUCUGAUCUCCCACACAUGAAAGAUGCCGAUGGUGCUCUAGUUGCUGUGUCUUCUGGUAAGCGUGAGUUGUCCCCAGUGUUGUCUGCCAAGUACAACAUCCAACCAGGUAAGUCUGGUUCUGCUGCUGAGCCAGCUAACCAAAUUGACGAUACUAUCAACUGA